AUGAAUGCAACUACCAACUGGUCAGCUCCAGUUGUGUGGCAUGGCACUUACAAAGAAGAAGUAUUGGAAAAUUAUUAUGCAAAUCAUAAAAUUACNUACUCAAUCGCUUCUUUUUUGCUUCACAGAUAUAUUGAAUACUAUUUGUACGGCUUUAUGUUAUCUGCUGAUAAAUAUUUUAUGGUUGGCCAGAAGGUCAUCAUUUAUGUCCUGAUAGAUGACUUUUCCAAGAUGCCAUGGAUAAGGCUGAGUCCCCUCCGUACAAUCAAAGUUUUUGAAAUUAAGCGAGAGAAGAGAUGGCAAGAUGUUAGCAUGAUGCGCAUGAAGACCAUCAGUGAACAUGUUGUGGGCCACAUCCAAUAUGAAGUUGACUUCCUCUUCUGCAUGGAUGUUGACCAGAUCUUCUUACAGAAAUAUGGGUUGGAGACCCUGGGCGAGUCAGUAGCUCAAUUACAUUCUUAUUGGUAUAAGGCAAAUCCUACAGAGCUACCUUAUGAGAGAAGCCAGGUAUCAGAAGCAUAUAUACCUAUUGGUGAGGGAGACUUUUAUUACCAUGCUGCUGUAUUUGGUGGCACUCCCAUGCGGGUUCUCAGCAUUGCCAGGGAAUGCUUAAAAGGAAUCAUGAACGAUAAGAAAAAUAACAUUGAAGCAGUGUGGCAUGAUGAAAGUCACUUAAACAAGUAUUUCUUCCUCCAUAAACCUACUAAACUCUUAUCCCCUGAAUACUGCUGGGAUUUUAACAGAGGACAUAAUAGUGAUAUUAAAGCUAUCAAACUAUAUUGGGCUACUAAGUACUAUAAAAUUCUGAGAAUGACAGAUAGCCCUUCCUCAACAGCUCUGAAUUUAUGA